AGCUCCGCCCGCCGGAGCGGCGCGGCGCGGCGCGGGGAGGGAGGGAAGGAGGGCGGGAGGGAAGGAGGGCGCCGGGCUGCGCUGCGCUGCUAGUCUGGAGCGGCGCCUGGCAGCGGCAGGAGCGGCGGCGGCGGCCGAGGAGCAGCCGGAGCCCGCUGGACGGAGGCAGCGGCGUCCCGCCCGUGCCGUGCCCCGCCGUGCCGUGCCCCCCGCGGCUCCCUUUGUGCGCAGGGCAGGGGCGGCCCCGAUCCAUGGUCAUGGGCGACAAGAAGAGCCCGACCAGGCCAAAAAGGCAAGCAAAACCCGCGGCAGACGAAGGCUUUUGGGACUGUAGCGUGUGCACCUUCAGGAACAGCGCGGAGGCCUUCAAGUGCAGCAUCUGCGACGUCCGGAAAGGCACCUCCACCAGAAAACCUAGAAUAAACUCUCAGUUGGUGGCACAGCAAGUUGCCCAGCAAUAUGCAACCCCACCACCACCUAAGAAGGAGAAGAAGGAGAAAGUGGAAAAACAAGACAAAGAAAAACCUGACAAAGAAAAAGAAAUUAGUCCAAGUGUUACAAAGAAGAACACUAACAAGAAGACUAAACCAAAGUCGGAUAUUGUGAAAGAUCCUCCUAGCGAAGCAAACAGCAUACAGUCUGGGAAUACUACAACAAAGACCAGCGACUCAAAUCACACUUCAAGACCCAGACUGAAAAAUGUGGACAGAAGUACUGCACAGCAGCUGGCAGUCACAGUGGGAAAUGUCACAGUAAUUAUCACAGACUUUAAAGAAAAGACUCGCUCCUCGUCCACGUCGUCUUCUACAGUGACCUCCAGCGCAGGAUCAGAACAACAGAAUCAGAGCAGCUCUGGCUCUGAGAGCACAGACAAGGGCUCGUCCCGCUCCUCCACACCAAAGGGGGACAUGUCGGCAGUCAACGAUGAGUCUUUCUGAAAAAUUGCACAUGGAGUUGUGGAAACUAUGAAUCAGGGUAUGAAAUUCAAACACUCCACCUGCCCAUGCUGUUCAAAUCCUGGAGAGCCUCUUCUGUGCUUGAACACACACUUUCUUGGACAUCGACCUCUUACUGAUGCAACCAGGAUAAUUUCUGCUUGCCAUGGGCAUCUGGCCACCAAGGAAUUUCUCACCCUAACGAUUACUCUUGACACUUUUAUGUAUUCCAUUGUUUUAUAUGAUUUUCCUAACAAUCAUUUAUAAUUGGAUGUGCUCCUGAAUCUACUUUUUUAUAAUAUCUGCUGUGCACAAUUUUCCAUGAACAUUACAACUUUUUGUUUUGGGGUAGGGAGCGGGUGGGAAGGGAAGGGGGCUUUAUUUAUUGCAUUCACAAACUCCAUCCUCUUUCAACAUAUCCUUUUUAAGUUCAGUUCUUCUUCCAGUUAUACUGUGUACUAUCAGUUUUGAUAUAAAUUAUAUAUAAAUAUAUAUAUAAAUAAAUAUAUAUAAAGGGUUAUUUGAAACCAAUACAUGGAAACGCUGGUGCUUGAAACACUGUGAAGUGAAAAAAAUAUUGAACAGUUAAAGAUCUGGGACAGUCCCCUUCUGUGAAAGUGCUGAAACCGAAAUGGAACUGGUCUUAGGUGAGAAGUGCGUUCCUGAAGGUUUGAACCUAGGUGGGACCCAUUCUCUCUGUUGUUCCUUCCCCAUUUCUUCUCUAAUUAACAGCAAAAAUGUACUGGACAGACGGUUCUGAAUUUUCCGCAUUGGGACCCGAGAUUAGACGAUUGCUCCGGAUAGCUUGUGUUUCCAGUAGGGCAGCUCAGAGUGACGGCUUGCAAGCCCCGGUCCGAUGGGAGGGCAAGCGCUCAGCGCGAGGCUGGUUUCAGCGUGCCACAGGUUGAUGUACGUUUUGGUGACGCAGCCGUUGCUGUGUCUUGCAUAGCCAGUCCCACAGAGGUUUGGUAUUCUUAGACUGAUGAAUUUCCUGCAUUUUCCAUGCUGUUGGGAUUACGUUUUUGUUUGAAUUUGAUCUGUUUUCCAAGAGCGAUUCCUGUACAGUUUAUCACCCACUGAUGACGUUAGGCUUGUCAGCGUUUGGACACUUUGGAUAUCCUGCUGUGGAAACAAAAGUUGUGAAAGCUUUCGUGCUGGCAAGUAAGCAACAAGUGCAGCUCAUACUUGCAACCAGUAUCUCCUUCGUUCUUGCUCUAAGGCUAUUCAGACCCCCCCCCCUUCACCCCCCCCUCCAGCCUGUUAGUGUUCCUUUACAGUUUACCUUCCAUGCAUUAUCCUGCUAAAACACUAGUCUGAAGAGGUGAAACAAACUUUUUUUUUUCUUUUUUAAUAACCUCUUUUGGCUUUUCGUCCUUACUUAGUGGCCCCAGGGUGCUUUGCCGUAAUUUCAGGCACAGAGACUGUGGCUUUACUUGACAUCAAAUACAUAACUUUUGGGUAUGACAGAAGAGGGCCACUUAUUGGCAACUUUUUGCCAGCAUGUUAUGUUGUGAAUUAUUUGGUUGUUUGCUUAGCAAGAAAAAUUUCUCUUUGUGGAGGCGACUGAUCUAAAAUUUCUUUUAAAAUGUGUGGUUUUGAGUAGCAGACAUAGGUUCUUUUCACGCUGGUGACAGAAAUCUGUGAUUAACCCAUUACGACCUCUGCUCGAAGGUACGUGCAAUGGCAAUGCCUUUGCGGCUGUGGUUUUCUUCUGCGUACGUUAGCAUGGGCACCCCGAUUUAAUUCUGCUUAUAUUCACCAUAUAGGCUGUCUUUACCUUUUUAAGCAUUUUUAAAGUAUUUAUUAAAGAACCAAAGGAAACCAGAUGCUUCCUGUGAGCAUCAUGACAAUUUAUUAUACAUAGUUUUAAAUACUAUGAAUUUCUCAAUCCACAUUUUAACAUUAGUGGGAUAUUGCAAAGACAUUCCUUUUCCAGUUUUUACUGUUCCUUUAUGGGUCUCAGGGAGGGUAAACUGGUCAGCCAUAUUUAUUUAUUUUACUGAAAUGUAUUGGAAUAAUUUUUUAAGAGAGAUUUUUGAAGAUGCCCCUGAACUUGUAUAUUUUGCACUGCUUUAUAAGUGAUGCAUUAUUAAUUAGGCUUGCCUGCAUUUUGGCCUUGAUCCAGCAAAGCAUGUAAGCAAGUGGACAGUCCCCCUGCCUUCAGUGGGACUAAUUCUGGUGCUUAAAGUCAACCACGUGCUUGCAUUCUGUGUUGAAUCUGGGAAAUUGUGGGGAAAAAAGAAAAAAAGAAAAAAAAAAAAAAGCAUUGUGUGUACCAGGAAAUUGCUUCUUUAUAAAGUGAAUGGACCUGUAGAUUAGUUGAAAAAGCUUUAACACAGUAACCAGCUACUCAUAGGCUGCCGAUUGAGUCAGUAAAAUCUGUUUUUUGGGUGUGCCUCCUUGAUAAAAUAGCUUACUAUAAAUAAGUGGGAAAAUUUUUUUGGAACAAGUGACCUGGAAUUCUGCAUUUAAUGGAAAUUGCUCGCUAAGCGUUGGACUUAACCGGGCCUCACUCUUAGCUCUUGUGUUGUGGAUUUGAAGGAUAGUGUUUACUUCUACACUUAAUUUCUGAACUUGACGCCCCCCAGGCAUGGCUGGAAAUGGAAUUCCCUUCUCACGCUGCAUCCUUAGGUUAUCCUGCUAUUUUGGGGGAGCAUGUUUAACUAAAUCAAAGAACAAAAACACUAGUUUAGAGGAAGGACCAGAUUCUUGGUAUUCAGUGGCACAGAAAGCAGGUAAGUAAAGCACAGUGUUAUGUUUGCGAAGUUUCAACUUUUACACAGACACACACACAGACACACACAGACACCAACACGGCUUGCCUGACUUGCUCAGUUUGACAUAGUUAUGCAAAGGAAGAAUAAAAGCAUUUUACACAAACAGGCUAUUUAUUUGAAUUGGGACACUUUGCUUGUUUCAAAUUGGACAGAUCUAAAAUUUGGCAGUAGCUUCUGUGAGUUUAUUUCCACUGAGAUGUUUUCACCUGCCUUAUCAAGAUCAUUCUCAGUCUACUUUUUUAAGCUCUACCAUAAACUUAAAUUAUUGAAAAUUUAUUAAUUGCUGACUAUAUAAUAACCUUUGCUUGUAUGUAACCGAAUGGUUUUAAGAGCCAACAUUUAGAGUAUGACAAUGGAGCUGAACAGUUUUUAAUGCGCAAGCAGUUCUGUUCUUGUGUAUGACUUGUAACCUUAAUUUACUGUGUAAAGAUGGUUACAUUAUUUCCUUAGCUUUGUUUGUUGGAGACAAAUAUAGAAUGCUUGUUUAAGUAUGUCAAAACAUAAUCUUAUCUUGUGGAUUUUUAUGUUAAUGUAUUAUACGAGCUAUAUUUUUCAUUUGCCCAGAAAGACAGCUUGUAUAACGCUUUUGAAAGUUUUCCCGCUCUGUAAAGUCUUUAGAGCUGACAGUCCUGUUAGGUUUGUUUUAAUCUUCAUGCUAAAGUGUCAAUGGUGGUUUUGUGAACUGGUCAGAAAUUCACAGGUCUUAAAUGUUUUCGGGAAAUUUAUAUUGGACACUGCUCUUUGUCUAGCAAAUAAAAGAUGUUAAUAUAUUCCUGUUACUGGCAUGUGCACGACUGUUAUUAGAAGCCACUUUAUCAUUUUCCUGCUUUAAAUAGAAAUGUCUAUUUAUGAAUUCUGCUUGUAGUUUUUUCACAAAUAAAAUAGUAAAAUUUAAUUAAA